ACGAACCACAUGGUUAUCUUCCAGAACAGUGUAAUCUUUACAUGACGUUCAGACAUCACAUUUUCUGAAAAUGAAUUCUGGAGACAAUUAUCAUCUUUACGUAGGUGGUACGUCGGGCGUCUUCAAAGGCAUAAAAAUAGAUAAAACGAAAUGUAUAAUUCAAAACAUACAAAAUUUAGUGACCAUAGCGGCUAAUGAUGAGAUCACAACAAUGUCCUGGGACGACGACCAAGAGAAAGAUAUUCUGAUUGCUUGCGGUGGGAAAGGGAAUAGGAGUGUGAAGGUGUACGAUAGAAACUGCUCAGCAUUUACAUGCUCCUUCUGCUGCAAUAACGGAGCAGGAAAGAUUAAUGGCAUAUCACGAUAUGAUGGAGCAAUCUUGACUGCAGUUGAAUCUGGAGAAGUGAAGCUAUGGCGAUUCAAAGAGGAAGAUGAAAUUAUAAUAAAAGCCGGUGAAAAUUUAAAAAGAAUGCGCCACUCAAAAAUGAACAAAAAUAUAAUAGCCACUGGAGGAAAUGAACACAAAUUGAAAUUAUUUGAUUUAGAGAGACAGGCACAAGUGUUCAUAGAAAAAAAUGUAUCUCAUGAUUGGCUGGAAAUGAGAGUUCCUGUUUGGAUUUCUGAUGUAGAUUUUCUUCCUAAUACAGAACAAGUUGUAACAGUUGGCAAAUAUGGACAUGUACGAUUAUAUGAUCCAAAAACACAAAGGAGACCUGUUAUAAAUUUGGAAAUAAAAGAUGAGCCAUUAACAACAUUUGCUUUUACACCAAGGGAAAAACAAAUCAUAGUAGGAUCUGGCAAAGGUAAAAUGAAUCUUGUAGACCUGAGAAAACCAGCUAAAGUAUUGAAUACAUACAAAGGGUUUGUUGGUGGUGUAACUGGUAUAGCUUGCAGUAAAAUCGAACCUUAUAUUGCCAGUGUUGGUUUGGACAGAUAUGUACGAAUUCAUCACAUGGACACAAAAAUGUUAUUAAAGAAGAUUUAUCUAACAUCAAAAUUGUCAUGUAUGCUGUUGCGUUCAGACGUUUCACUGCCAGUAGAAGAUAAAGAAAUCGAAAAUAGCGUACAAGUACAUAAUAAUAGUAAUGGUGAACAAAAUGAUAUUGAACAAGCGGAAAGGGUACAAGUAAACGCAGAUAAUGAUGCAGAAUAUGAUAUGUUAUUCGACAAAAUGCAAGUCAUAAGCAAUAAAGAGGAUAGGAAAUCGAUUGAAAGAAAACGACGAAGAACCAAAGAUGAUUCAUUGUUAGACAACGAAACAGUAUCUCGCAAAUCUCUUCCGAACAAACUCAAAACACCACGUUCUAAGAAAAUCAAGUCUAAUCGCUUAAGAAAAAGUAUGUAAUUAAUUGUAAGAAGUUAUUAUCAGUACAUGUAAACAUCUCUUUCAACAAAUUCUAAGUAAACUAUUUUUAUAUUUUUAUAAGAAGUUGUUCCUUUAGAAGUUGAAAUAAAUGGUCACACGCGUUCCGACAUAAAAAGGUGACUUACAAAUGUAACAUGGAUAAAAAUUGGAAUAAC